AAAUGGAACCUUCCCUUAGCAGGAACUUCUGGUGAAGCUCCGGAAAACUUUGCAAACAUGAAAACUCUGCUCGUCGCCUUCUUGGUGGCUAUCGUUUGCACAGAGAAAGUGCAUUCCCUCUCCUGCUAUUACUGUGAAAAUGAACCUUCCAACUGGAACUGUAUAUCAAUGAAGAAGUGCGCGGAAACAGACAAAUACUGCACUACCGUUAAAACGGUUAGCCGCGGCAGACUCGGUGAGCCCGAUGACUACCGGAUCAGCAAGCGAUGCACUCCAACUUGUGACGAAAGCUACAUGACCACAGGAUUAUCAUCUACCACUACGAACUGUUGCCAGUUUACCUUCUGUAACUUCAGUGGGGCGGCCAGCGUGAAACUGAGCAAUAUGGUGCUGGUUUUAGGAAUCCUGGGCAGUUUCUUCUACAUCUUCCAGUCUAGAUAAGGGAUUGCUCAUAAUUCUUACAAGAAAGAGAGACGAGAAAAUUUCAUCCAGACUCCUGAAGCAUCUUGGAGGCUCUCCUCCUGAACCUAAGAUCAAAACAACAAAAUAGAUUCUUGGUUCUCCUACGGGAAAAUUGGUCUCUAUUUGCAUAUUGCAGAAUAUAAAUUUCCCUUUGUACAUAGAGAAGACCCUCGUCUUAAGUAUUGUUAUUAUUUAGUAUGCACUUGUAUCUAAGUCUAGUCUUACACAAACCUUUUUUUGCCUCAUCAUAAUAAUCCUGGGAAGCUUUAUAGUGAGAGCAUUUAUUAAAGAUUGCCAAACCCUCAGGCAGUGGGCUUACCUAAGUAUCCUUCUUCCUCUUGACACACAAUAACAUUAUUUUGCAAAACUGGUUUAAUUAAAAAUAACUUCCUAUUUUGGCGCACCCAAAGGACAUCAUUAACCUUCAUUCAUUUUCUUCUUGAUAAUGUUUUCUUCCCCCACACUUUCCGAGAUGAGUUAAUGAUGAUUCUAUCCACCCGAUGUGGAAAGGGCACAACUGCAAGAGAUUAGGGAAAAGGUACCCCUAGGUUAGCGGCAACAGGAUUGCAAGCUUGGAUGUGAGAGGAUGUGGUUGUGGCUACCUAGAAUAAAAUAAAUAAAUAAAUAAAUAAUUUUAUUUCUAUACCGCUCUUCUCCCGAAGGUCUCAGGGCGGUGUACAGCCUAUUAAAAGCACAAAGACAGACAUCAGUUAAAAAUAAUUAAAAUUAUUAAAUAAUUUCGGCUCAAAUUUAAAACACCCAAAAUUUAAAACACCCAAUUUAAAAAUCAUUACAUUGAUAGCCCGGCCUGGCGGAACAACAGGGUCUUGUUGGCUCUGGGUCUAACAGGCUACCGUGUGCUGUGAUGUUGUGGGAAGUUUGAGUCAAACGAUAUUUUAUUCCUUAUACUGUCUCCAUCUUCCCUUGAAUAUUAACAGAAUCCACAAUCGACUAUGGAAUCGGCAUCUCAGCUAGAUAAUUGACAGUCAAGCUGAAAUUAAGUUAACAAAGUAAAAAUAGCAAAUGGAGGAAAAUCUUUGAUUCAAACUUCCACAAACCCCACAAAUAAAUUACCCAGACCUAAUCCACGCAUCAAAGAAGAAGGUCUGUAAACACAAAUAGAUUAAAAUCAAACUAUUAAUUUAGUUCAAUUUGAAUUAAAACCAAGGACAAGCUCCCCUAUAAAUCAGUCUUUUGUGCCUCAUUUUCUCUGUAGAUGAACCUCAGAGAUGAACCUCUUUGCUUUGGGGAAUCAAUAAAUCUCCUUUCCUCACA